AUGGCGUCAUCUGAUGUCAAAGAUAUUGAACAGGGCUUGGAUCGGAGGCAGGAGGACUCCGAGAAGCCUCCAUUCGAAGAUAACCUAAAGGAAGAGCCUCCCCAGCUCGAAAUUGAUCCAUUUGGUUCGGAAGAGACGGCUGAAGUGAAGUACAAGACCUUGGACUGGUGGGCAAUCAUUCUGAUCGUCGGUCUGGGUAUUGUCACCACUUAUUCGGGCUAUGUUAUUGGGCAGUUCCGGCAAAGACACCCCUACGUGCAUAGCAUGGCCGAUGCAGGCUUCAUCCUCAUGGGUCCCAUUGGUCGCCAUGUCAUUGAAGUCGGACAGCUGCUGUUCUUCCUAUUCGCUUGUGGCAGUCACCUGUUGACUUUCACCGUCAUGAUGAACACCCUGACCGAUCACGGGACCUGUUCCAUUGUUUUCGGAGUCGUCGGUUUGAUCCUGUCUAUCAUCUUCUCUUUGCCCCGGACCAUGAAGAACGUCUCGUGGCUCGCUGUGACUUCCUUCCUGAGUAUCUUUACAGCUGUCCUCAUCACGAUGAUCGGUGUCGGUGUCGAAAAACCCGGAAUGGACGAGAUGCAACUCACCCGCAAGACCAACUUCGUCACUGGGUUCACCGCGGUUACCAACAUUGUCUUCGCUUACUGUGGUCAUCCCGCCUUCUUUGGUUUUAUCGCCGAGAUGAAGAAGCCUGAGGAUUUCCCCAAGUCCCUUUGUAUGCUGCAGGGCUUCGAAAUCAUCCUAUACACGGUCGCGUCCGCUGUCAUUUACCGCUACGCUGGUCAGAAUGUCGCUUCUCCCGCUCUUGGUUCCGCCGGCCCCGUUGUGAGGAAAGUCGCUUACGGCAUUGCGAUCCCGACAAUUGUCAUUGCUGGUGUAGUUCUCGGUCACGUAGCCAUCAAGAACGUGUACGUGCGGAUGCUUCGCGGAACGGAGUUGAUGCACAAGCGGGAUUGGCGCAGCAUCGGUGUCUGGGUCGGCUUGGCGGUGGUCUUCUGGGUCAUUGCCUGGGUCAUUGCAGAGGCCAUCCCCGUGUUCAGCAACCUACUAAGUUUGGUCAGCGCACUUUUCGUCAGUUGGUUCACCUUCGGCCUGCCCGGUGUCUUCUGGCUGUAUAUCUACAAGGGCGAAUACUUCAAAUCCCCGAUGAAGAUCCUCCUCACCAUAGCAAACGUGGGCUUGUUUAUCUUCGGUGUCAUGAUUUGCGCCCUCGGUCUCUGGGUCUCCGGAGUGGCGAUCCAUAACGACAAAUCUCACGGCAGCUUCACCUGUGCCAACAACGCCCUUUGA